CGAACUUUUUUUUUUAAGAUAAACAUUCCUAUUUCGGAAACUUUUUUUUUAAAUAGGUCUUUUAAGAUAAACAUCCCUAUUUCGGAAACUUUUUUAAGUAAUGGUAUCUGCCUUCACUUUUCCAAUAAUUUUGAAUGACUUGUGUCUUCCGUCAGACAUCGUGACUUGAACAAUGAAUGUCGUGCAAUUGAAUCAUUGUAAAAAUUAAUUUCUUAUAGAAUUUAGUCGCCUUUUGCCGCAUUGUCAACCAUUUUCCUUCCUUUGUAAUUGUACGGAUCUUCCACCAGAAAAGCUUUGUUUUAUAACUAGCUAGCAUAGAAAACCUGAUCAUGGCAGAAAUAAAGAAAAGACCACGAUAUGUAAAAAUGAAUGGCAUACUUUAUCCGGAGAUGUUCUCUCCUAAUUGCUUCAAGGAAGCUUUGGAAUACAAGCCUGAACGUGGCGAUGUUUUUAUCUGUACGUAUCCUAAAUGUGGCACUACAUGGAUGCAGAACGUUGCCAUGUACAUCUUUCGUAAAGGCAAAGAGUUGGAUCAUCCAUCGGAUUUCUUACAAUGCGCACCUUAUAUAGAUAUGCUUGGACAGGAGAGUAUCGACAAAAUGCCAAGACCAGGAGCAUUCAAAACACAUUUUUCUUACUCUCAUAUGCCUUAUUCCCCUGACGCCAAGUACGUUUUUGUCGCUCGAAAUCCCAAAGACUGCUGCGUCUCGUUUUAUUACCACACAAGAAAUAUUCCAGGUUUUGGUUACUGGGAUGGAGAAUUCGAUGAUUUCUUUGAACUUUUCAUGGCUGGUGAGGUAGAAUACAACGAUUAUUUUGACCACUUGCUGGAUUGGUACCCACAUCGAAACGACCCGAAUGUGUUCUACACCACCUAUGAAGACAUGAAGAAGGAUAUAAAAGAUAUCAUCUUGAGGCUUUCUAAGUUCCUGGGAGAGGAAUACAUAGAAGCAAUUGAGAAAGAUAAUAAUAUCUUGAAUAACAUCGUACAUUUCAGUGGAUUCCAAUAUAUGAAGGAAAGCUACUCUGAUAUGUGCGAAGUAGAAAAAGAGGGAACACAUUUAUAUACAGGACUUCAGUAUAUUGAUGAAUUUACAAAAGCUUUGAAGCUUCCAGAAGAUCUUCCAGAAAUUGAAUUUGUUAGGAAAGGAAUUGUUGGAGAUUGGAAAAAUCAUUUCUCGUCAAAACAAAACGAAAGGCUCAAUGCCAAAUUUCUCGAAAAAUUCAAAGAUACAGAAGUUAUGCAGUGGUAUCCAUUAGAAUAAAGUAACAAGAUUUUUUAUCCUUGGUGAAAUAUUUUCACACUUAUUUUAGAAUGCCUUUUAUUUCACUGGGAUAGUUUUUCGUUCAUUAUAAUUUAAAAAUAAAUGCAGAAUUAUUUUCUUGUUUGUUGAAACAAGAUUAAUAAGUUUAUAUUUUCUGAAGCUUAAUUGAAAGAUUAUUAGCAUUAUAUAAGAUAUUGUCAAAGGUUACUCUCAGUGAAUGAGAUGAAU